AUAACGGUGCUUUUCCAGUGACUCUCCAACCUACGAACCUGAGGCUGCACUUUUCGCGUAGCGUGGCGGGAUUAAUAGAAUAAAAUCGGAAAAAGGCUAUAAUCCCUGAUUCCGUGUGUGUAGAAUAUUUUAAAUUGUAUAAUUUUUAGAUCUGCAAGAAGAAGCACACAAAAUGCGCGAAGUCAUCUCCAUCCAAAUCGGCCAGUGCGGCAUCCAGAUCGGCAACGCCUGCUGGGAGUUGUACCUCCUGGAGCACGGCAUCAACCUGGACGGCAGCCUGAAGAGCAAGGAGGAGCUGAUGGCCAGUGGGAGCAGUGCCAGCGACGGUCACGGGACAUCGGCCAACGAUGCUCGGACCUUCUUUACGGAAACGGGAAAUGGAAAACAGGUCCCCCGCUCGAUUUUCGUGGAUCUGGAACCGUCCGUCAUCGACGAUGUGCGGAAUGGUCCCAUGAAGGAUCUUUACCAUCCGGAGCAACUGAUUUCCGGCAAGGAAGAUGCGGCCAACAACUAUGCCCGAGGUCGGUACUCCAUCGGAAAGGAGGUAAUUGAUAAGGUGACGUCGCGUCUGCAGAAGAUCGCCGAGCAGUGCGACAGCCUGCAGGGAUUCCUCAUUUUCCACUCUUUGGGAGGUGGAACUGGGUCGGGAUUUACGUCGCUGCUGGUGGAGCGUCUCUCCACCGACUACAGUAAGAAAUGCAAGCUGGACUUUGCGGUUUAUCCCUCGCCGAAGGUCUCCACGGCGGUGGUGGAGCCCUUCAAUGCCCUACUCACCACCCACUCCACCAUCGAUCACUCGGACUGUGUGUUCAUGGUGGACAACGAGGCCAUAUACGACAUAUGCAACAAUAGCCUGAACGUGGACAGACCCGCCUACCGCAACCUCAACCGACUCAUUGCCCAGAUAGUGAGCUCGACGACUGCCUCGCUGCGCUUUAGCGGCUCCAUGAACGUGGAUCUCAAUGAGUUCCAGACGAAUCUGGUACCAUUCCCGAGGAUCCACUUCCCGCUGGUGGCCUACGCCCCUCUGAUGUCCGCCGAGAGGGCCGCCCACGAGCAGCAUGCCAUCACCACGCUUACAAACGCCUGUUUCGAAUCCUCCAACAUGAUGGUCAAGUGCGAUCCGAGGAACGGUAAAUUCAUGGCCUGUUGUAUGCUCUAUCGUGGCGAUGUGGUGCCCAAGGACGUCAACGCAGCUGUCUCGGCCAUCAAGUCGAAGCGGCACAUCCAGUUCGUGGACUGGUGUCCCACGGGCUUCAAGAUCGGCAUCAACUACGAGAAACCGGCCUUUGUGCCGGACGGUGACUUGGCCAAAACGUCGAGGGCCUGCUGCAUGCUGUCCAACACCACGGCCAUCUCGGUGGCCUUCGCGAACCUGUCCUACAAAUUCGAUCUGAUGUUCAAGAAGCGGGCCUUCGUCCACUGGUACGUCGGCGAGGGCAUGGAGGAGGGCGAGUUCACCGAGGCGCGUGAGAAUAUUGCGGUUCUGGAGCGGGACUUUGAGGAGGUGGGAAUGGACAACGUCGACGGAGCUGACGACGAUGAACUCGACGAGUUCUGAGACCAUUUCCACAGACCUCAGGCCCCCAAAUAUCCCCAACUAUGUACUCUCAAUCCUAUCCUAACAUUAAAGAUGUAAAUAAAGAGUGUGUUGAAAAGUGAAA